CAUAUAUGAUUUAAAAAAUCGCGAAAGCUCUAAUCCAAUGCCUCGUCGGGAUUUACAUGACUUAUGUAAAUCCCGACAUGUUGGGUGUUGGUAACACUGUGCGGGUAAAACAAAACAAUGUUCCAGGCCAAGAAUAAACUAUUAAAAAAAAAACAAACAAAACUAUGAAAAUGUAAACAUGGCGAGUGACACGGACGAUUUAUUUCGAAAUAUUGAAAAUAUCAAAUUAACUGUGAGGCAGUCGUUCGCUCGUGUAUAUGCAGGCCUUAAAGCCAGAGAGCUGAAAACUUUGAGGCAGCUAGAUGCACUACGUAAACAAUGCGAAGAUGACAAAGACUUGGCGAGGAAUUGUAGUGAGAACAUACAAAUUCGUUACGAUAAUGAGUCCAUAUUAUUAGAUAACGUAAGUAACUAUGGUGUCAUAGACUUUGAGAAACUUAAUUUUGAUAGUAAUACUUUUUUAUUAGAGGAUUAUGUUAGUCCUAAUGAUGAUCAUAUGUACUCUUAUAAAACUAUUGAUGAACUGACGAGAAACGAUGAUAAUAAAGAGCUCGAAGCUAUAGAAGAGGCUGCCAUGAAAGAGAUUACGAGAACUGAGAACUGUGUUUGUUACGUUGAUAUUAAAACUGAAGAUGUAUCAAAAAAGUUUCGUGACUUGAACUGUUAUUCCUCUCCAAAAAAGAACUGUAGUGUUAGUAUACAUUCUGAAAAACAUGAAGUUAUUUCUGAGAAUGUUACAGAUGAAGAGAAGAGUGAUAGUUCAGAUUCUGAAAUAAAGAAAAUAGAUCCGACUGAUGAUUGGUUAAAUUCAAUUAAAAAUCAAACUGAGACAGAGCCAACUGUGGCAGAUGCAAUGGAACACAGUACUAUAACCUGUUCUUAGCAGACGAUAAUAGCAAAUCCACCCCUUUCUCAUUGUUACUUAAUUAACUAAAUAAAUUUUUAUAUUUUAUAUAUCUAUGCUUAUAAUUUUGAUCUUCAUGCUU